GCCACGUUGCCUCCUGAACAAAGCCGCCGAGGAUGCUCAGUGGGCAAAGCUGCCCCGUACCGCUCAGCGCAGGCUCGGAAGCCCCGCGCUCCGCUCGCUCCGGCAGGAAGAGAGAGUUCGUCAGUGUGGCUGUGACAGCCGUCCCGGGUUAAGCCGCGAUGACCGGCGUCCUGGGGACCGGAUAACCGAGCCGCGGGUCAGACGGCAGAUGCGUGGGGUAUCUGUCCUUUUAGAAGAGAGCAGAAAAUGAUGAAGUCCCAGGGGUUAGUAUCAUUCAAGGAUGUGGCUGUGGAUUUCACUCAGGAGGAGUGGCAGCACCUGGACCCUGCUCAGAGGACCCUGUACAGGGAUGUGAUGCUGGAGAACUACAGCCACCUGGUCUCAAUGGGGCACCCAUUUUCCAAACCAGAUGUCAUCUCCAAGUUGGAACAAGGAGAAGAUCCAUGGAUCAUUAAGAGAGAUAUAUCAAAUUGGAUUUAUCCAGACAGGAAGAGUAACCUUGACAAUCCCCAAUCAUACAUUUUUGGGUCUUUUUCCUUCCAUAAUAAGACACUGAAAGGAGUCACAAAGGAUGGUUCAUUGUACUCUAUUUUAAAAGUAUGUCAAGGUGAUGGCCAACUGCAGAGAUGUCCAGAAAACCAAGACAGACUUUUCAGUCAAGUAACAGUUAUCAAUAACAAAACAGUGACUGUGGAGUCAGGCCAUAAGUAUAGUGCACUGGGGAAAAUGUUUCGAGAGUUUAUAGAGCCAGAUACUUUAAGACAAACACCCCCUAACUAUGAUGCAGUUAAAAAGUACAUGAAAUCUAAUAUUGACCUACCUAGUGAUAAUAAGACUAGUUUAAGAAAAAACCCUGAUGAAAGUUUUGGAUGUGGAAAAUCAUCUAGUCAUGAUAUGUUUAAUUCUAAUCUUGAGAAAAUUCAAAAUGGAGUAAUACCUGGUGAUGAUAAUCAGUGUAGAAACAUUUUCAGCAAUAAACAAUCCCUUAUUCAUUAUAAGAAUGUUGAAACUAAAGAGAAAACCUGUGUAUGUAUUACAUGUGGAAAAGACUUUGCUAAGAAGUUACAGCUUAUUGUACACCAACGAAUUCAUACUGGAAAGAAACCAUAUGAUUGUGGUGCAUGUGGGAAAGCCUUCAGUGAGAAGUUUCAUCUCAUUGUACAUCAGAGAACUCAUACUGGGGAGAAACCUUAUGAGUGUUCUGAAUGUGGAAAAGCCUUCUCUCAAAAGUCAUCUCUCAUUAUACAUCAGAGAGUUCAUACUGGGGAAAAACCAUAUGAAUGUAGUGACUGUGGGAAAGCCUUCUCCCAGAAAUCACCCCUCAUUAUACAUCAGAGAAUUCACACUGGAGAAAAACCUUAUGAAUGUAGAGAGUGUGGUAAGGCCUUCUCCCAAAAGUCACAACUGAUUAUACAUCAUAGAACUCAUACUGGAGAGAAGCCAUAUGAGUGUACUGAAUGUGGGAAAGCCUUCUGUGAGAAGUCCCACCUCAUUAUACAUAAAAGAAUUCACACUGGAGAGAAACCCUAUAAAUGUGCUCAAUGUGUGGAAGCCUUCAGCAGGAAGACAGAACUCAACACACAUCAGUUAAUUCAUACUGGGGAGAAACCUUAUGAAUGUACUGAAUGUGGGAAGACCUUCUCCCGGAAGUCACAGCUCAUCAUACAUCAGAGAACACACACUGGAGAGAAACCCUAUAAAUGCAGUGAAUGUGGAAAGGCCUUCUGUCAGAAAUCACAUCUCAUUGGACAUCAGAGAAUUCACACAGGAGAAAAACCUUAUAUAUGUACUGAAUGUGGGAAAGCUUUCUCUCAGAAGUCCCACCUCCCAGGACAUCAGCGAAUUCAUACAGGAGAGAAACCUUACAUAUGUGCUGAAUGUGGAAAGGCCUUUUCCCAGAAGUCAGACCUUGUUUUACAUCAGAGAAUUCAUACUGGGGAAAGACCCUAUCGGUGUGCUACAUGUGGAAAAGCCUUCAUCCAGAAGUCACAACUCACUGUGCACCAGAGAAUUCAUAACAGUGGUAAAACCAUAAUGAAGUGAACACAGAAAAGCCUUCUGUAUUAUUUCAAGCCUUAAUAGAUACUAGAACCCUGAGUAAUUUGUUCAGUUUGUGGAAGACAUACAUAAAAUUUUACAAGAGAAUUCAUGUCUUUAGUGUGAUGAUACCUAAUUCUUUCAGUAAAGAUGAUGGGAAAUUCAAUCAACAUGGCAUGUAAAGUUUUUAAACUUAUGAACUAAAUGGUCAGUAGAAGAAAUUAUGUAUACAGAAUGUCAAAUUACAUUUUCCUUAUUACACCACAUAACAAAAACCAGACACUGUGAAAUUGCUAAUUUUAGCCUAUCAUAAUUUUGUCCAUACAGCCAAACCCUAUGAAGGACAUGAAGAAAGCUUGAGUAAAAAAAAAAAAAAAAGCAGCCUUAGAAAUUGCAUUAUAAGGAGGGGCUUAGCAUGACCCCUAAAGAUACAUGUAAAAUUCUUGUACAAAGAUGGAAAGAUGGGUUAAUCAAGUUCAAUAAAAGUGAUGUUUAUGUGUUUUCCCGUUUCAAGCAUAUAGGUUGACCUGUAUCUCUGUGAGUGUCCUGGACCUUGACAUUGAUGCUUCUUGACCAGGGCUUCCCUUUUUCUCUCCCUCAGUGGGAAUUUGGAAUGGUGGGAAAACUUUGGUACAGAACCCGAAGGUCUUGGGUUUAAAUCCUGGCUCAACUAUUCACAGAUUGUGUGACUUCAGGCAAGCCUGCAUCACCCAUCUGAAUAUUUUUUCUUACUGAUAAAUAAAAGUGCAACAUGGAGUACAUUUUUUAGUUACUAUUAGUCCUUUUUAAACUUUACUCUCUAUCUGCUGCAACAGGGAGCUAAGACUAAUUAAUGGUUAAAAGACACAUCUGAACUUGCACUCCAGACACUCUCACUUGUGAUAUCUUGUUCCUGUGACUGGUUCAUUUUGCUGUCUUUGGUCCUGGUGACCUUGAUUAUUGGUAUGUUAAAGUGACAUUUUAUUAUACGUUUAUUAUGUUUUAUAUACACUUACAUAAGCUGUGGUGAUCGCACAUAAGGACCCUGUCUAACGUCUCUUCAGUUCCUAUUGGGCCCCUGCCCUGCAGCCUCAGCCAUUCUCCUUGAGAACCAAGGGUACUUACAGAGGAAAACUGUUGGGGUGAGAGAUCAUGUCUGCUGUAGAUCUGAGAAUUUGGUAUCCCUAAAUGAUUUCCCGCCCUUCUUCCUGUGGCUUUACCUGUUUGUUCAUGAGCAGCUUUAGAGGAGGACUUGUGCUGGAGGUUCCCUGCAGGAAAGCAUACCUGGAAAGGAUGAGAGUGUCUGUAUGGAUAAGCAUAGUUGACCCAUGUUCCCCUUGUUCCCACUUGGUUCCUUCACAUUUUCUGCUCACUUGGUUCCCUUCUUGCAUGGAUGAAGGGAACCAAGUGAAAAGACAGGGCUCCUCUAGUUGAGAACGUCUGCAGGGGAGAACUGUCUACUGUGAAAAGACAGAGCUCCUCUAGGUGAGAACACCUGUCAGGGAUGUGGGAACUUGUGUGGACCAGUACCUGUCUCAUUAUGAAAAGUAAGCCGAGGACACUAACAUCAGAUAAAACUGACCUUUCAGACCUGGGAAAAAAGGCCUAGAGGCACAAUUCAGGGGUUGAGUACUCAGAGGUUUCCUCAUGGAAGAUGUCCCAGCUGGCCCUUAUAAAGGCAUGAGAAGGACAAGAGAUCAUGCUGGGGACACACAGACUUAAUGGAGAGGAACUUACACAGAAUAAGAAAUUCACAAUCCCUACCUUACAGGCCUUUCAUUUGAUUUGUUCACUGUCAGCCCCCAGCCAAUCUGAUAAAGGGCUUCUAUAAAAAUCCCACUUCGGAAUUAGCAUCUACUGGUUUCACACUUCACUUUUCUUCAGCUUUUUGCUAGAGGAGCUAUCCAGUGCAGCGGGGCAAGAAAAAGAAGUAAUGGAUGUGAGGACUGGAAAGGAAAAGUAAACUGUUCAUUAUUUGCAGGUGAUAUAAUUGUGAAUAAGGAAAACAAACAUACUGAUUAUUAGAACUAAGGACAUUUAGUUGCUUUAUAUGAUUUUAAUAUUAAAUAAACUAAUUCAACAAA